AUGCUGAUUCGAUGCGAUCUCAAUGGCCACGUUGGAGAGAAAACUGAUGGUUUUGACAACGUACAUCGCGGUUUUGGCUAUGGAGAACGGAAUGAAGAUGGCAACCGCAUCCUUGAGUUUGCUGUAAGUCACGGAUUUUGUUUACUGAACCCAUAUUUUAGAAAGAGGCCCGAAUCAUCGUGGGCGACGAACAUACCUGGCAUAAAUUUUGAUUCUUAUUCAGACUCAACGAGGAACAUUGUCUUAACUCAGGAGGUAACGCAUUCCAGACAUACGGAAGAGCGUGACGAAAACCGCGGCUAG